UUCACCAUUUAUGUGACAAUAUUUUUGGCUGUCCUUUACUUUAUAAAAAGUUGGAGAUCGCAGACUGAAGAUGCUUCCUCCAAGAAAUUCCCUCCGGGGCCCAGAGCUCUGCCGGUCAUCGGAAAUCUGCAUAUGAUUAAUAUUAAGAGGCCAAGUGAAACUUUCAUGAAGCUCUCAAAGCAAUAUGGCCCUGUGUUCAGUAUCCAGAUGGGCGGCGUAAAAAUGGUCGUAUUAUCUGGCUAUGAAACUGUCAAGAUGGCCCUUAUCGAUUAUGCUGAUGAGUUUGCUGAGAGGCCCCACAUACCGAUGUUUGAAGACAUUAACAAAGGAUUUGGUGUCCCAUUCAGUCACGGUGAGAAUUGGAAAACCAUGAGAAGGUUCACUCUCAGCAAAUUACGGGACUUUGGCAUGGGCAGGACGACUAUAGAAGAUCGGAUUGUUGAAGAGUGUGGAUUUAUUGUGAGGGCGCUUGAAUCGUUAGAAGGCAAACCAGUAGACCUGACCAUAAAAACCAACUUUGCCAUUGGAAAUAUAAUUAUAUCAAUCAUCUUUGGGCAUCGUUUUGAUUACCAACAUCCCAUUUUACUCAGACUCCUUGGACUUAUCAGUGAGAACAUGAAACUUGUUGGGAGUCCUUCGAUUGUGAUGUACAAUCUCUUCCCCAUCUUCUAUUAUGUGUGUGGAUCACAUGGCAGGGUGAUGCAGAAUAUAAAAGAUAUACACAACUUUCUGAGGACAGAGUUUGUGGAGCGUCUGAAAGAACUGGAUAGAGAUGACCAGAGAGGGUUUAUUGAUGCGUUUCUUGUCAAGCAAGAAGAGGAGAAAUUGGAUCCCAAUACAUAUUUCCAUGAAAUGAAUCUGAUGAGCACAGUGACAAGUUUGUUUAUGGCCGGGACUGAAACGACCUCAUCCACCAUCCGCUGGGCCCUCGCAUAUAUGAUAAUACACCCUGAAAUUCAGAGACGGGUACAUGAGGAAAUCGAUAGAGUGAUUGGAUCGGCUCAGCCGCGGAUUGAUCAUCGUAAGAACAUGCCCUACACCAACGCAGUCAUUCACGAGACUCAGAGAUUUGCCAAUAUCCUACCCAUGGAUCUUCCCCGAGAGACCACAAGAGAUGUUACUUUUCAGGGAUACCAUAUACCGAAGGGAACGUACAUUGUUCCUCUUCUCGAAUCUGUGUUAUACGAUGAAACCCAAUUUGAGAGGCCAGAGGCAUUCUAUCCAGAACAUUUCCUCGAUUCAAAGGGGGCGUUUCUAAAGAAGGCGGCUUUCAUGCCCUUCUCAGCAGGAAGGAGGUCUUGCCCUGGGGAAACACUUGCAAAAAUGGAGCUGUUUCUCUUCUUCACCAGCCUUAUGCAGAAGUUCACAUUUCAUGCUGCCCCUGGUGUGACCAGCUUCCAAGUCAAACCUUCAGUAGGUCUUACAAGUCCACCAUCAUCUCCGAAGAUCUGCUGUAGGCCACGGUCCUAAU